AGUGAUCGUACAUUGUUCCAACUAAGACAAGGGGCGUACAAUACUUUACCCAGACCCAGUACUUUGAACCGUCGAUGGUCUGAUAAGUACAGUGAUCGUAGGAGACCUACACAAAGGAGUGAGGGUGAUGACGAGGCCGACAACAGGAGGAAGAACGAGGUUCCUGUAUCGAUAGGCGAGGCUACGAUGACCGACGAAGAGAGACGAAGAUAUCGCGAAAUGCUAGCAGCCAAACUGAACGUGAAAACAGAGGAUGAGAAAGAACACCGAUGGAUGUUGUAUUCACGUUUGGAGCCUGCGGUCCCAAUGCCGACGAUGUGUUUGAUAAGGAGAAGGACAUGGUCAGCGGCUUUCUAGAGACGAUCAAAGUCGCGGAUAGUUACUACGGGGUGAUAGAGUACGGAGAGAAUCAGGCAAAUAUAAUGGCCAGACUGGGUGAUUUCAGAAAUAAAGAAAGGCUCAAUCAGUUUAUCAAUACUAUACCACGUAGCGGUGAAGGUCGUGCUAUUGACAAGGCAUUAGAGAAAGCGCGGGAAUUGUUGCUAGGCAGCGGACGAAAUGACGCGAGAAAAGCGUUGGUGAUUUUUGCGAAUGGAAAAUCUAGUGCUCGUCUUGCAGAAUUGACGAAGGAAGCGAAACCGUUACACGACGCUGGUGUUAAAAUUAUCGCUGUUGGUAUUGGUGAUGAUGUUGAUGAUGAAGAACUGAACUCCAUUGCUACGAAUAAGAUUAUUGCUCAACCGUACGACGAAGCUGCUCCUUUGGGUCAUCUUUUGGCACACGAAGUCACCGAAGCUCCGUCAAAGGAACUCGUGGAUGUGACGUUCGUCAUGGGAUCAUCAGGGAUUGAAGGCGAUAUGAUAUUCGAGAAAGAGAAGGAGAUAAUUCAGUCGUUUGUUGACGCUUUGAAAAGCAACGAUACGCAAAUUGCUGUCGUAAACUAUGGAAACGACGACGCGAAAGUUGAAGCAAAAGUUGGUCAAUUUAAGGAUAAAGAGGAUUUGAUGUCCUGUGUCAAUAAACAGACGAGGCUUGGCGAUGGAAAAGCUUUGGGUAAAGCUCUUGAUAAAACCGAAAAGGUUCUUUCUGAAACUGGCCGGCCUGGAAUAAGAAAGGCUGUGGUCGUGUUUGCAAACGGAAGGUCUGGGUCCGAUAAUAUCAGUCUUGCGAAAAAAGCACGUGAUCUACAUGGUAACGACGUCAAAGUUGUAGCAGUUGGUAUUGGUGAUGACGUCAACGAGGACGAACUACAGGCUCUUGCAAACGCCGGCGUCAUUAUGGCGGGUAGAGAUUCAGAUAGUGACGUCACAGCGGGAACUAUCGUGAAGUAUCUUGAGAUGAUCUCAGAAGCUGCAGAAGAUGCGUUAGAUAUUGCAUUUGCCUUUGGUGCUUCUGGAUCUGAUGCAGAUCUUUCAUUCAAGAAAGCGAAGGAAAUGAUUAAAAUCUUCAUCGAUUCCCUGAAAGUCCACGAUACUCAAUAUGGCGUCAUAGAGUACAGCAACGAGGCAAGAGUCCACGCUACUUUUGGUCAGUUCAACCGCAAGGACAGACUUAAAGCUCAAAUUUCGUCCAUUGAAAGACGCGGCGAAGCUGUUGGACUUCAUAAAGCAUUAACGGCCGCUUACGAUCUACUCGCGAAGAAUGGACGACGAGGUGCAAGGAAAACUCUUAUAGUAUUCACUAGCGGCAAGGCUGAUGCGAGCUUAAAUGAAGUAAGGGACAGCGCGAAGUCUCUUCAAGAUGCUGGCAUAAAGAUUGUGUCUGUUGCUAUUGGUGACAGUGCUGACGUAAGUCAGUUGAAAGAGAUCUCUACAAAUGAAGAAGUAGUUAAGUGUGAAUUGACUGGAGAUAGUGACGCUAUAAUUCACAGGGUUUCUCAUGAUGUUGUGAGCGCUGAGCUUAGCGGUGAGACAGUGGACAUUGUAUUUGCUCUUGGUUCGGCUGGCUCUGAUGCUCACAUGGUGUUUGAGAAAGAGAAGGAAAUGGUCGCAACUUUUGUUAACUCACUCGACACGGCAAAUCUUCGUUAUGCUCUCGUUAAUUAUGGUGAAGAUGCCACACUUCAGGCAAACUUUAACGAUCACAAGGAGAAAUAUGAUUUCAAGGAAUUUCUUGAUACACUUGCAUGGCCCGGUCACGGUGUAGGCCUUGCAAACGCCUUGGAAAAGUCGGCUGCUGUUUUCAAGGACAGCGGUCGUGUCAAUGCGAAGCGUGUGCUUGUACUCUUCACCAACGCACAGUCCAAUGCGCGCGCACAAGAUUUGCAGAAAUACUCACGUGAUCUUCAAGAGACGGCGGUGAAGGUUAUCGUCGUUGCCAUUGGCGAUGACGUGAACGAGGAAGAGUUGAGUCAGUUGAAUGGGCAACCUAUGGUUCGUCACCAGGUUCACGAGGAUUUGAACGUGAUUGCAAAGACACUGGCGUGUGAUAUGUUGAGCAACGAAGCCGACGCUGUACAAACUCCAGUCCUUUCUCCUAUUCCUAAAGUAAAACUGGACGUUGUGUUCGCCAUUGGUGCCGCAGGAAAAGACGCCAACGACGUUUUUGAGAAAGAAAAGUUGAUAGUGAACUCAUUCAUCGAUAACUUGAAAGAUAACGAUGCCCAAUUCGCCAUCAUCGAAUUUGGGAAUAAAGCAAGUGUGAAAUCAAACCUCGGGGACGAAAUGAAUGCUGGGAUAUUGGCUGCGUCCGUCGCAGAUCUGCAGAGAAGCGGAGAAGGAAAAUGCUUGGAUAAGGCGCUUGAGCAAGCUGUUGAGGUCUUCCACCAAAAAGCACGUGCCGGCUCUAACCGCGUCCUUAUUGUCUUGACGAACGCCAAAUCCAGUGCUAGAACCCAGGACUUAAAGAAACAUUCGCAAAGCUUGACUGAUGCCGGAGUCAAAGUCCAAGUGGUUGCUAUUGGCAACGAUAUUAACGAAGAUGAGCUGGUUCAAAUAACGAGUAACGAAAUUCCUCUGCUGAGAAUUCAACCGUACGAGGAUCCUCACACCGUGUUAAAGGAGACUGCAUGGAUUAUUGGGGAAAAGCAAGAUGAAUACCUCGACAUUGUCUUCGCAUUUGGAUCCUUUGGAGAAGCAGCAAAAGAAAUAUUUUACAAAGAAAAACAACUUAUUUCAUCAUUUAUUGACUCCGUUCAAAAACCCGACACGAGGUAUGGCGUUAUAGAGAUAGGACCACGUGCCAAGGUUUGUGCUAUGAUUGGCCAAUAUCGUGAUCACGUGCGUCUCAAACGUCACGUGAAUCUGGUGCGUCGUACUGGGGAUGCAACAGGUCUCGAUCACGCGCUAGAUGUCGCGGCCGGCAUGUUUGAAAAUCAGGCUCGUCCCAACUCCCGCCGCGUCUUGGUCGUGUUUACAAACGGGAAGUCUGGGGCCAAGAGCGAGCAAGUAAAGCAGAACUCCGAAAGGUUGAUCAAAGCAAAUGUAGAUAUCAUAGUGGUUGCUAUUGGUGAUGACAUUGACGACGAAGAAUGUCAAAAUGUCUCGUGUGGUAAUCGUCCAAUCGUGUGCAUUGAUCCCGAACAGAAUCCUCGAGCUUUUGUUUAUUCUAUUGUCAAAGAGAUAGAGGAAGUGAAAUGUGUGAAACCCACUGAUAUUGUUUUUGUUAUUGGUGCUGCUGGGAAUGGAGCUGAAAACAUCUACAAUAAAAACAAAGAGAUCAUAAGCAAAUACAUUGAAGCAAACAAGGUUCCAAAUACAAUGUACAGUAUAGUUGAUUACGGUCCCAAAGCUGUUGUUCGUAGCAAGUUUGGUGAAAAUAAACAACGCGCCAUAUUAUUGGAUCAUAUUGAGAACCUUCAACAUCCUGGAGAUGGGAAAGCUUUGGAUAAGGCUUUAGAGCAAUCUCUGAAUUUGCUUGAAAAUGAAGGUCGAUUUGGUGCCAAGAAAAGGGCUGUUUUGUUUACAAACGGUAAUAGCGGCGCGAGCCCCGGUCACCUCAAGAAAUACUCGUCUCUUUUGGAGGACGCAAAUGUCAAGAUUAUCACGGUUGCUGUGGGUGAUGACGUCAAUGACAGUGAAAUACGUCAUGUAAAUUCAGAUGAAGAAACUAUUGUGAAAGUGGCUGUUGAUGACGAACCAGAGUCAGCGGUCUUUGCUGUAGCAAGACUAGUUCAAGGACCGAAUAAAGUCAAAUACGACAUUAUCUUCGCCUUUGGUGCCAUGGGAGAAUCCGCUGACAUGAUUCAUCUGAAGGAAAAAGAGAUGAUUGGCUCUUUUAUCGACUCGUUCGCGGCCGGAGAUUAUCGUUAUGCCGUCGUGGAGUACGGCAGCAAGGCUUACGUGAAGGCGAAAUUUGACGAAAUCCGUGGAAAGGAUGAGAUGAAAGAAUUUGUGAAGAAUAUCAAAAGAAGUGGAGAAGGUAAAGCUCUGGACAAGGCUCUUGAACAGUCGCAUGACUUGUUUAAAAAAUAUGGUCGUCCAACAGCUAAGAAUGUCCUUAUUGUCUUCACCAAUGGCAAGUGCAACGCGCGAGCCAAUGAACUGAAGAAAUACGCCACGAGUCUUUCCGAACUUGGUACGAAAUUGAUCGUCGUUGCUAUUGGGGAAGAGGUCAGCGUCGACGAGUUACUUCAUGUUGCUUCGAAUAAAGAAUCCAUCGUGAGGGCACAACCAGAGGAUGAUUGUAGCCAGUUGUUUAACAGCAUUGUACGCGACACUAUUGAAGAACGACCCGUGACUGACGUAGAUGUUGUCUUUGCUCUCGGAACUUCCGGUGAACAUGCAGACGAAAUGUUUGAAAAAGAGAAAGAGUUUGUGAACGGUUUUAUCGACGCGUCCAAUUAUGGUGAUACAGAUUACGCUUUUAUUGAGUUCUGCGAUCCGCUAAAGCUUCAUUUCAGUUUUAAAGAUUUCAACAACAACAAAGAUAUCAAAAACAAAAUUUGCUCGCUUUCUCGACACGGAGAUGGUACGUCAAUGGCCGAAGCUCUACGAAAGGCACACGAACUUUUCACGAACGACAGUCGAUCUUCAUCGCAUAAAGUUCUCAUUGUUAUGACGAACGGUCAUCUUAGUGGUCGUGCGGGAGAAUUGAGAAAUGGCGCAAAGGCUCUUCAGAAGAUUGGAGUUAAAGUUAUAACGGUUGCCAUUGGUGAUGAUGUUGAUCAUGACGUAAUACGGCAGCUGUCAUGUGACGAAGGCAAUGUUAUUCACGUGAAAAAAGACGAGGAUGUGGGAUGUUUGGUCUACGUCAUUACUCGUGAGGCUGUGAAAGGAACUCCUGUUUAUGAUGAGGUUGUGAAAGAAGAAACAUUUUUGCGUCAAGUGUUUUUGCAACCAAGAGUCAAUCUUAUACUUAAACCAAGUACAUCAACGACCGAGCAGGCUCAGAUUGACGAGGAAGCGAAGAGACUGGAACGAGAACAACUCGAGGCCGAGAAGAGGGCCGAGGAGGAGACUUUGAAAUUCGAGGAGAUAGAAAGACAAUUGGAGGAAAAAGAGGAGGAAGCAAGAUUGGAAAUUGAGAGAUUAGAAAUUGAAGAAUUAGAACGUAAACAGAAAGAAAAUUUGAAAGGAGAAAAAGCUCAAAGGAAAAAGAAAGAAGAAGAAGAGGAAGAAUUAGCGAUGAUGCAAUUUGCUGUAGCCACACCGGAGACUGAAAUAAUCAGAAAAGCGCACGAAAGGACUUUGGAUCUUAACGAAGCGGUACCUGAAAGCUAGUUUUCAUCGUGUGACGAAUGACGUGAACAAUGGAAGUACGCAGGACUUUGCAAAAACGACUAUCGUUAUUAAUACGAAAAAUUUUAACCGGAAUAGCACAAUCAGUUCAGCGUAUAUUGAUCCAAGUUCUCAACAAUACGAAGUGCAAACUGUGUAUAUCGACCCCAGUUCUCAACAAGAAGAUUUUAGGUAUAAAAGAGACGAGACUCCUGAAGUACAGACGCCAUAUAUCGACCCCAGUUCUCAACAAGAAGAUUUUAGAUAUAAAAGAGACGAGGCUCCAGAAGUACAGACGCCAUAUAUCGACCCCAGUUCUCAACAACAUGACGUUCGAUA